CUCUCCUUUCUCUCCCAUAUCGUGUCAUCCUAUCGUACCCGGAGAAACAAUAGUAUCAAAGCGUGAACGGGACUGAGCUGUAACGUACCAGAGACGAAAAGAUGGGAUUCUGCAAGGUGGAGACGGCGGAUAUCGGCAUGCCGUAGCAGCUCACUGGAGGAGGACAGGGAGACAGCUCCAUCUGUAGCGCACUCUGGGAGCAAGAUUCAUCGUCUCCUUGGGAGAAGGGAUCAAGGUAUCGAGGGAAUCCGGAAUCCUUUCGGGAAAAGGGAGAGAAGGCCGGAACCCUAGCAGCAGCGGGUGGGAGAGGUGACAGCUCCGGAUCUGAUGGAGAAGGAGGGUAAUCAGAGCCCUUCGAACAAGGAAGAGAGACCGCAGGGAGGUGGAGGUGGAGGUGGAUGGGGAGCGUGGGGCAUCUCUUCUCUCUCCGUCUUCUCGGAUCUCCAGAAGGCAGCAGAAGAGAUCUCUAGACAUGCAGUUGCAGCUGCCAAGAAUGCUGCGAAAGGCAUCACGGAUAUGGAAGCUGCUGCUGGCUCUGAUUCGGAGUCAGCCGACGGUGAGCAGAUCUCUCCAGCUGAAGGAGAUAGUGGAAAGCACGAGAACAACGAACUCCGCAAGUCUGCGUUGGACAAAUUGGAGCGAGCCAGUGAGGACUCUUUCUUCGGUCAGGGUCUUAAGGUUCUUGACAGUUCAAUGGAAAGUUUUGCUUCAGGAGCAUGGCAAGCACUAGGCGGUGCUUGGAAGGGGGGCUCGGACCUCGUCCACAAGCUGGAGCAUUCUGCUGCAAAUCUUGCAGAAUCCAUUCAGCAAGGUGGCCUGCCUGCCAAAGCCACUACUCUUGCCCCAUCUAUAAUGGAGACUGGGAAGUCUUUCACGUUGGAGGGAAUGAAACUGCUAGAGCAGGUUGGUAAAGAGACCAUGGAAAUGCUCAUUUCAGAGACUGGUUUAGAAGUUGAGAAGGAUUCUGAUGAGGCUGGUCAACAAGUCGAUGAUGAACAAUUUGAGGAAGCAACAUUUGACAGAUGCUUUUAUAUAUAUGGAGGCCCUGAUCAGCUUGAGGAACUGGAGGCAUUAUCAAAUCAUCAUGCAUUAUUAUUUAACAGGAGAAAGACAAAAUUGUCAUCUGAACAGAAGUCCUUCUAUGAUGGAAAGCUUCGACAGAUCCAACAAAGUUUUAGUCUGGGAACUGAGUUUGAAGAAAAUGGAGUAGAUUCAGAUAAAGGAAAAAAUAUUGAGAUGGUAAAUAUUGACACUGAUGUUGAGAUGAAAAAAUUACGGGACUCAAGUGUUAGCAAGGCUGCUGAUAUGGCUACAGGGUUCACAACCGCCCUUGGGGGGCUUGCUGCAAAUGAAAUAAUUCAACGAACUUCUGAUAGACUUGAGACAGUUCACUCGGAGGGUGUUCAUAGGCUGUCAGAACUUUGUUGCUUUGCUGUGUCUCAACUUUUGAUCCUUGGAAAAUCAGUCAUCUCUAAUGCAAGCAAAUUGAAGGGUGAAGAAAUGUAUGAAGAUACCGUAAAAAUUGAGUGGCCUGAAGAUUCUAUUUCUAAAGCUAAGAUCAUCAGAUUCAAGGCCCAGUCCAUGUCUAGAGAUGUGGAAAGAGUUUAUAACAGUUUUUCUACAGCCUCCCCAUGCAGAACAAAAUACAGGAGAAAGCAAAUGCAAUUUCUGGCCAUCUCCAUGCUGAUCGAGUUAGUGCACUAGACAAGAUCCAGGAUGCACUGCAGUACCUGGCAUAUGUAGUUCUUUCAACAUCCAUGCCAACUGUAUGAAAAUUUAUCAAAAUCCUUAAAUAGGACCAGCUUGGAUGGUAUGUUGGUCUGUACAUGAUUUAAUUGAUUUGGUUUUCACCACUUUUUGGAUACCAGUUGUUGGAUCAAGCAUAUUUUCGCUUAGCCUUGUUUGAGCUGUCAACUCUAAAUUUUGUUGUGUUGUGAUUUUUCUGCUGGGUAUUAUAUGUUUAGCUUGUGACACAUGGUUUCUAACUUUUGGAAUAAUUGCUGUUCUGAUGUAAGAAACUUCUGAAACUUACAGAAUUCGUCGCUUGAAUAA